CAGUUUAGGGAUCGGUGUAAUCUCUGGGCUGCAAACAGAGAGCUGACAAGUCAAACUACUGAAGAUCAGUGUGUGAAAGUGAAAGAAGAGAAACUUGGGUUUGGCUUCUGUGACUGUAAGAAGAAGUGAAUCUGAUGAAACGCUGGUUCGUGUCGAUCUAUAAAAUAUAGCAGCAAAGAAAAAAGAUGGAUUCAGAAAAAUUCUCUUGUUCCAUCUGUCUGGAUCUACUGAAGGAUCCGGUGACUACUUCCUGUGGACACAGCUACUGUAUGAACUGUAUUAAAACCCACUGGGAUGAAGAGGAUCAGAGGGGAAUCCACAGCUGUCCUCAGUGUAGGAAAACGUUCAUACCGAGGCCUGUCCUGGAGAAAAACAUCCUGUUAGCAGAGUUAGUGGAGGAGCUGAAGAAGACUGGACUCCAAGCUGCUCCAGCUGAUCACUGCUAUGCUGGACCUGAAGAUGUGGCCUGUGAUGUCUGUUCUGGGAGGAAGCUGAAAGCCAUCAAGUCCUGUCUGGUCUGUCUGGUUACUUACUGUGAGAAACACCUCCAACCUCAUUAUGAUGUAGCUCAGUUUAAGAAACACAAGCUGGUGGAGCCCUCCAAGAAUCUCCAGCAACUCGUCUGUUCUCGUCAUGAUGAGGUGAUGAAGAUUUUCUGUCGUACUGAUCAGCAGAGUAUCUGUUAUCUCUGCUUAAUGGAUGAACAUAAAGGACAUGAAACAGUCUCAGCUGCAGCAGAAAGAGCUGAGAAGCAGAAGGAGCUGGAGGUGAGUCGACAACAAAUCCAGCAGAGAAUCCUGGACGGAGAGAAAGAUGUGAAGCUGCUUCAACAGGAGGUGGAGGCCAUCAAUGGCUCCGCUGAUAAAGCAGUGGAGGACAGUGAGAAGAUCUUCACUGAGCUGAUCCGUCUCAUCCAGAAAAGAAGCUCUGAUGUGAAGCAGCAGAUCAGAUCCCAGCAGGAAACUGAACUGAGUCGAGUCAACGAGCUUAAGGAGAAGCUGGAGCAGGAGAUCACUGAGCUGAAGAGGAAAGACGGCGAGCUGGAGCAGCUCUCACACACAGAGGAUCACAACCAGUUUCUACACAACUACCCCUCACUGUCAGCACUCAGUGAGUCUACACACUCAUCCAUCAUCAACAUUCGUCCUCUCAGAUACUUUGAGGAUGUGACAGCAGCUGUGUCAGAGACCAGAGAUAAACUACAGGACAUCCUGACAGAGAAAUGGACAAACAUCUUACAGGCAGUCACUGAUGUGGAUGUUUUACUGCCUGAACCAGAACCAAAGAGCAGAGAUGGAUUCCUAAAAUAUUCAACAGAAAUCACACUGGAUCCAAAAACAGCAAACACAUAUCUGUUAUUAUCAGAGGGAAACAGAAAAGUAACAGCAAUGAAUCAACAACAGUUUAAUUCUAGUCAUCCAGACAGAUUCACUUAUUACGAUCAGGUCCUGAGCAGAGAGAGUCUGACUGGACGUUCUUACUGGGAGGUGGAGUGGAGAGGAGACAUAGUUUUUAUAGCAGUCGCCUACAAGAACAUCAGCAGGGCAGGAAACUCAGAUGAAUGUGCAUUUGGACGGAACAACCAAUCUUGGUCAUUUCGUUGUGAAACAGAGAGUUACACAUUUUGGUACAACAAAGUCCAAACUCCAGUCUCAGGUCCUCCUUCCUCCAGAAUAGGAGUGUAUCUGGACCACAGAGCAGGUAUUCUGUCUUUCUACAGAGUCUCUGAAACCAUGACUCUCCUCCACAGUGUCCAGACCACAUUCACUCAGCCGCUCUACGCUGGACUCUGGUUAGGAUUAGAAACCACUGCUGAGUUCAUUAAAUAGAGAAACUGCUGAAGCUUCAGGCAGGUUGUGUUUAGACAUGAUGGAUUUUCUUCUGUUUUCUUUAAUUUUUUUUUCAAAGACCCGUAACAUCUUAAGUAUUGUAAAGUUUAUUGAAUGUCUGAAACCCAACCUCAACAAACAGAAGCAACCUGCAUAUUAACUUUUAACACCAAGAAACAUGUAGAGUUGAAACGAAAACAGAAUUUAAUCAAACUUUUAAAAGUGGUUCUAAUGAACUUCACGUCAAACCCAAAAGUUUAAACAAAGAGUUAAAAUAAAGAACUGGCCUCACUGCUCCAGUAGCUUCAUUUACUAUUUACUUUAUUUAAAAUUCAUUCAAUUCAUAUUUUAAUUCUAACAAUCAUGAUGGACAUGAUUUCUGCAUUUUACCAGUGAAAAUACAAAAAAUAAGUAAAAAACUGUUUGUUUUCUGCAGCUGCUGGAUUGUGAUUAAAAUGUGUUUUUAAAAGGAACAAACUUAAAGCUGUUAGAAUAAUGCAGCAGCAAAUAUUCACACAUGUGGAUGGUUGUACAAACUUUAUUUGCACACAGUGUACAAAUCCUGUAAUAAACAAAGCUCCAUCGGAGCUGCUGCUCCAGGAUUCUUCCUUCUCCUCCAGGACCUCAGCACACCUCUGCAGGUAAAGACAGAGUGAUUACCGGUGUUUGUCCACCACCACAUAUGAUUGAAAUAAGUCUCAGCUUAUUUGUAGUAAAUCAUGAAAGUGUCUUAAUACACAGCUAAAUAUCUAGGUUUUAAACUUUAUUUGAAUGACAGAAUACUAACAUGAUCUGUCAUUAGUCUGUCAGCUGUAGUACCAACAGAUGAACACUAGAUGGCAGCAAAAUACAAUGUAGCACAUAAUGAGGUUUCAACACCUGCAAUGUUCAGUGUGUCAUCGUUUGAAUUGGAUUUUUUUGGAGAGACUUAAAAAGGCUCAUUUUUUGUCUCGUGCUGUUUGAAACCAGAGAGUUAGAUACAUCUUUUAAAAUCUUAAUGGACAAUGUUGGUCACAAAAAGUAAAAAUGAGACCUGAACUAAGUUAAAACAGCCUUUAAGAUGGGAGAUAAAACUUCUUGAAGAACCAUGAAAAUGAAGUCAGUCUGUGUACAUUCAAGCUUUUUGUUUUCUCAUUUUAAACCAAAAUCAAAAAAAGCUGAACUGAUUUUCCUUUCCUAUUCCCAGAAUUAAGACAAAAAACAAGAAAACCAAAUUAAAACCUGACCUGUUUUUAUAUUUUUUUCUGUCCAGUCCUGUUUAAAGACUUAUUUUUAUUCUCUUGCUUUUAAACCAGUUUUGGCAUUUUGGCUGAUUAUUUCUUCCAUGCGUGUGUUUUCAUAGUCUUUUAUUUUUUUAUAUUUUGUUUAUUAUUUAUGCCUCCAAAAUGUUAUUUAUUUCUAUUUUAUGACUCUUAGUUUUACAGCACUUUGAUCAACAUAUGUGGUUUUGAAAUGUGCUUAGAAAUAAAGUUGACUUGACAUAACUGCUAAAAUUUUGUGAACAUUGAAACGAUUGUUAGCUACAGACAUCAGUUUAAACAGUGCUGGGCGUUUUUCUGAACAGAAUAUUCUGAGAAGGUGUCUGAAAAAAGUGCAGUCAGAGCCUCUAAUGUGGAUUUCAGUAACAAAACUAUCCAACGUGUAUCUAAAGUAACGCUAAGUACAUAAUCUCAUAUAUUUGUGAUAUAUGUAGUGCAUUCAGAAGCAGUCCCACUUUUCUGGAAGAUCGAGUGCAUCUUAGACAUCAUGUGGAUUCUUUGUGGUAAAAAGCUGCUUUUUAUGUUGUAUGAGCACCACUUUUAUGCAGUCAGAGUUGAUGAAAUAUGGACUUUACUGGAGCUUACAGGCAAAUGACACUCAGUGGAUGAUAUUUAAUACGUUACAGUUUGAAAGUGUGUUUAAAAAUAUAAAUGUUGAC